AUGGAGACAAAUUAUCAAAAUUUUUGCCGGGGAUCUGUAAUAGCUUCUUCAAGUGUAGAUGGAAGUGUCAUUCUAUGGGAUAUAGCGACAGGUCAGAAAACUGAUGUACUCUACCAGCCAAAUAACGAAUCAAUAAGAAAUUGUAUUUUUGCACCAAAUGGAUCUGUAAUCGUGACUUCUGAUGAUACAGGAAUGAUAAGCAUUUUUGGGCAAGACAAAGUGUUAAAAAAGAACAUCAAAGGAGUACAUGAAGAAACUGUGCCAACUUUAGCUUUCUCUAAAGAUUCAAAAAUUUUGUUGACCGCAUGUUCACUUGGAAACGUUCGAAUGUUUUUUAAUGACUUUGAAGCUGAUGUGAUAGAACCAGAUUUGUUGAUUGACAAUGCACACGAUAUGGGAUGUGCAUCUGCCGAUUUCUGUAAAAUUACGAGAUUGGAUCCGGUGGAUGCAAACACUACGAUAUACACACUUGCUACUUCAGGAAAUGAUAAUAAAAUAAAAAUUUGGAGAGUUUUUUCAAUUGCAAGUAGUCGUCCAAGUCGUAGAAACAGUUCAGUUGGAAGCACUUCUCAAGAAUCGCGUUUAAAUUCAAGAUUGAUAUCAACAACUCUACAACAACAUUACGCAGAAACGGCAACAAUAUUCCCAACGUUGUACUUAAACACUGAAUGUGUUCAUUCAUUUUAUGCACAUGGUAGCAGCGUGACUGCAGUAAGAUUCAAUACGUCAGGAACUUUGCUUUUUUCGGGUGGAUUUGAUCGUUUGAUAAAAAUUUGGAAUUUUCAAGGAAGCUGUUUGAAAACUUUGGGUGAACAUCAACGAUACAUAAACUGCAUCGCUAUUAAUAGUGACUCAACCAUCCUUGCUUCAGGUUCGAACGAUAAAACGAUUCAAAUUUGGGAUAUCACUGGAUCGUUCACACUUGACUCUCAGUUGGCCAAUGGAUUAAAGUCACUUCUAAAUGCUUUGACAACAAAUGAACUUGAUGUUCCUGCAGAUUUCAUAUGUCCGAUCACUCAUGAGAUAAUGGCGGAUCCAGUAAUGUGUGAAGAUGGUUUCAGUUAUGAGAGAUCGGCAAUACUUGAAUGGUUCUCAAAAGACAAGACAACCAGCCCAAUGACUAAUUCUGUUUUAACUUCGACGACAGUUUAUGAAAACGAAAAACUCAGACGAUCAAUUGAAAAUUACAUGAAAAAAAGUGAGAUGGAUCUUAUUAAAACAAUUGAAGACGAUGAAGAAAUAGCUAAUCUUUCUGAAGAUUCAGAUUUAGAAAUUGAGUAUCAACCAACAAAACAAAAACGUAUCAAGAAUGGACACUUUGAAAAUGAUUUUAAAUUUGUUUCAUCUGCUUCUGAAUACAACAAAGAUACUUGGGAUGAUUUAAUGAAAUUUGUCAAGAAACGAACGAGAGGCAAAGUUGAAGACAAAAUUGCCAAAGUCAUUCAAUCAAGAAAAAAUGACGAAAAUGAUUCUGAAAGUGAUGAUGAAGGCCCACCAGAUGAAAUUGAAUUAUCCGAUGAUGAAUUGAAACAUGAUAAUCUUCGUGUGAAAGAAAAGAAAGGAAAGAAACGAAAGUUCCUUAAACAAGAUGAAAUAAUCGAAGACGAAAAAAUGGAAUUUGAUGAAACUCCACUUUCGAACGGUGACGUUAAUUCAUUCUAUCAAAUGAAUUUAUCCCGACCAUUGAUGAAAGCUAUUGGAGUUCUUGGCUAUACUCAUCCAACACCAAUUCAAGCUUCUACAAUUCCUCUUGCACUGCUCGGACGAGACAUUUGCGGUUGUGCUGCAACUGGAACUGGAAAGACCGCAGCUUACAUGUUACCAACUCUCGAAAGAUUGUUAUACAAACCACUCUCAGCUGCUUCCGUUACUAGAGUUCUUGUUCUUGUUCCAACUCGUGAGUUAGGUGCUCAAGUUUAUCAAGUGGCAAAGCAAUUGUCACAAUUCUCCAACAUCGACAUUGGAUUGGCCAUUGGAGGUUUAGAUGUGAAAGCUCAAGAAAGUGUCCUGAGACAGAAUCCCGAUGUCGUCAUCGCAACGCCUGGAAGAUUAAUCGACCAUAUUAAGAACACGCCAAGUUUCACACUGGAUUCAAUUGAAGUUUUGAUUCUUGACGAAGCUGAUCGAAUGUUGGAUGAAAAUUUUGCUGAACAAAUGAAAGAAAUCAUUCAAAGUUGUUCUAAAAGCCGUCAAACUAUGUUAUUUUCUGCGACAAUGACUGAACAAGUCAAAGAUCUUGCUUCUGUUUCUUUAUCAAAGCCAGUUCGUGUUUUUGUAAAUAACAAUCAAACAGUUGCCUUUAAUUUACGACAAGAAUUUAUAAGAGUUCGAGAGGGGAAGGAAGGUGAUCGUGAACCUCUCUUAGCUGCUCUCAUUUGUCGUACAUUUCAUGAUCAUUGCAUGGUGUUUGUGCAAACAAAGAAAACUGCUCAUCGCUUAAGAAUAAUUUUGGGUUUGUUAGGAAUAAAAGUUGGAGAACUUCAUGGUGAUUUGUCACAAGCUCAGCGUCUUGAAUCGUUGAAACUGUUCAAGGAUGAACUGAUCGAUGUUUUGGUUGCAACUGAUGUUGCUGCUCGAGGUUUAGACAUCACAGGUGUGAAAACGGUUAUCAACUUCGUCAUGCCAAUUACUUUGGAGCAUUACAUUCAUCGUGUCGGAAGAACAGCUCGUGCUGGUCGUGCUGGAAUUUCAGUUUCCUUAGCUGGCGAACAGGAAAGAAAAAUUGUUAAAGACAUCAUUAAGAACGCAAUAAAUCCGGUUAAGAAUCGAAUAAUUCCUCCAGAAAUUAUUGAGAAAUAUCGAAAGAAACUUCUAGCACUUGAGGUUGAAGUCAGAAAUGUUUAUGAAGAAGAACGAGCAGAGAAAAUGCUUGCACAAACUGAACAGCAAUUAUCGAAGACAGAAAGAAAAUUAAAACAAGGAAAGAAUGAAGUGAAAGAGUCGCGUCAAUGGUUCCAAACACAUAAACAAAGAAUGGAAGAAAAGGAAAGAUUGUCGAUAAGACCGAAAGAUCCAGAAAAGGAAAGUCAGAAGAAAGUUAAGAAACAGAAGAAGAAACGUGGAUCGGACGAUGAAAGUGACUUAGAAGAUUACAUUUUCAAGCAGAGACAAAAUAGCGGUGAGACGAAAAAGAAGAAAGAUAAGAAAACGAUUGUUGUGAAAUCAGCUCGAGCACAAGCACGAGAACGAGCUUUGAAGGAUCUUGAAGCGGCUUCGUUGACACGUGCAAAAAUGUCAAAAUCUUUCUUGAAGCCAAAAAAGCUUCGAACUGUUGACGAUUCAAACAAAACACCGCGUAAUAAUUCAAUGAUGAUGAAGAAGAAGGGAAAUGGCAGUAAAUUUAACUUCGACAUGGAUACCAGUAAAAAAGGUGUGAAAAAGCUUCGAUAUGAUGCCACGAAAAUGAAGAGAACUCAAAAGAAGGCGAGCGGAGGCGUGAAAACGAGUCAAGAAAAGAUGAAAAAUCGUGCUGGUCUUAACAAAAGCAACAAAGGAAAAGUUUUUGGACGUCCAAAGCAAAAGAAACAACGUUGAAAUGGACUCACUUGAAUUUAUCUAAAUAAAUGAAUAAAACUAUGAAAUUCCUGUU